GAAGAAAUCUGCUUCAUCUUAAGCUAAUUCAGUCCUGCUAAUCUGCUAAUACUGUAGAUUGAAAGAUUUUUGCUGUUGCCAGGAUACCCUGUAAUGGGCAAGGAGCCUCAGAGAAUACAAAUCAUUCCGUUUUUUUUAACUUUUUAGAAACUUUUGUGUUUAACAGGGAACAUGUUUUAAAGUGUUGUGAUUUUGGGACAGGAGGUAUAUCAGCUGCCCAGCCUCCAAUUCUGUGGAAGAGUUUCAAAGCAAAUGUACUCAUGAACUGACGUGCAUUAGGACCUGGGCUCCUGUUGAAAAGUGAUGGGAUAAUCUCUGGCCGGCACCUGACAUGUUGAGCAUCCCCUAAAAGAGCUUGCCUGGGAGAGUUUGUGAAAUAACGCUGUAACAUGUUUGCAGUAACCAGUAUGUUUUGGAAAUUCGAUCUCCAUUCGUCAUCCCACAUAGAUACGCUUCUAGAGAGAGAAGAUGUAACGCUGAAGGAAUUGAUGGAUGAAGAAGAUGUUCUGCAAGAGUGCAAGGCUCAGAAUCGCAAACUUAUAGAAUUUCUGUUGAAGUCGGAAUGUUUGGAAGACUUAGUUUCGUUUAUUAUAGAAGAACCACCUCAAGACAUGGAUGAAAAAAUUCGAUACAAAUAUCCAAACAUAUCCUGUGAGCUGCUUACAUCAGAUGUCUCACAGAUCAAUGAUAGGCUGGGAGAAGAAGAAUCCUUACUUGUGAAACUGUACAGCUUCCUCUUAAAUGAAUCGCCGCUAAACCCUUUACUGGCCAGUUUCUUCAGCAAGGUGCUAAGUAUUCUUAUAAGCAGAAAACCAGAACAGAUUGUGGAUUUUUUGAAGAAGAAACAUGAUUUUGUAGACCUCAUUAUUAAGCACAUAGGGACCUCUGCUAUCAUGGACUUGUUGCUCAGGCUACUGACUUGCAUAGAACCUCCACAACCCAGGCAAGAAGUGUUAAAUUGGCUAAAUGAGGAGAGAAUUAUCCAGAGGCUUGUGGAAAUUGUACAUCCGUCUCAAGAUGAAGAUAGGCAUUCAAAUGCAUCACAGUCACUCUGUGAAAUUAUUCGUCUAAGCAGAGACCAGAUGUUACAAGUACAGAACAGUACAGAGCCUGAUCCACUUCUUGCAAGUCUAGAAAAGCAAGAAAUCAUAGAGCAGCUGCUGUCUAAUAUUUUUCAUAAAGAAAAAAAUGAAUCUGCAAUAGUCAGUGCAAUUCAAAUAUUACUGACCUUACUUGAGACAAGACGACCGACAUUUGAAGGCCAUAUAGAGAUCUGUCCUCCAGGCAUGAGCCAUUCAACAUAUUCAGUCAAUAAAAGUGUUUUAGAAGCCAUAAAAGCACGACUUUCAUCCUUCCACGAGCUCCUACUUGAGCCUCCAAAAAAAAGCAUCAUGAAGACAACAUGGGGCGUAUUGGAUCCACCUGUGGGGAACACACGUUUAAACGUGAUUAGAUUAAUAUCUAGCCUUUUACAAACAAAUACAAGCAGUGUGAAUCAGGAGCUUAUAGAGCUUAACAGCAUAGGAGUUAUACUGGACAUGUUCUUCAAAUAUACGUGGAAUAAUUUUUUGCAUACUCAAGUGGAAAUAUGUAUUGCGUUGAUUCUUGCAAGUCCUCUUGAAAGCACAGAAAACGGCACAAUUACAGAUCAGGAUUCCACUGGGGACAAUCUUUUACUGAAACAUCUCUUCCUUAAGUGCCAAUUAGUAGAACGAAUACUUGAAGCAUGGGAGAUGAAUGAAAAGAAACAGGCUGAAGGAGGAAGGCGGCAUGGCUAUAUGGGUCAUUUAACAAGGAUAGCAAACUGUAUUGUGCAUAGUACUGACAAGGGGCCAAACAGCGCACUAGUCCAGCAGCUUAUUAAAGAGCUUCCAGAGGAAGUCAGAGAGCGAUGGGAGACAUUCUGCACAAGCUCUUUAGGAGAAACUAACAAAAGGAAUACUGUGGACCUGGUUACUACCUGCCACAUUCAUUCUUCCAGUGACGAUGAAAUUGAUUUUAAAGAAACUGGCUUCUCGCAGGAUUCUUCCUUGCAGCAGGCCUUUUCUGAUUAUCAGAUGCAACAAAUGACGUCCAAUUUUAUUGACCAGUUUGGCUUCAACGAUGAGAAGUUUGCUGAUCAAGAUGACAUCGGCAAUGUUUCUUUUGAUCGGGUGUCAGAUAUCAACUUUACUCUCAAUACGAAUGAAAGUGGUAAUAUAGCCUUGUUUGAGGCAUGCUGUAAGGAGCGGAUACAGCAGUUUGAUGAUGGUGGCUCUGAUGAAGAAGAUAUCUGGGAAGAAAAACAUAUUGCAUUUACACCAGAAUCCCAGAGGCGUUCCAGUUCGGGCAGUACGGACAGUGAAGAAAGUACGGACUCUGAAGAAGAGGAUGGAACGAAACAAGACUUAUUUGAAUCCCAUACCAAUACAGAGGACAAAAUGGAAGUAGACUUAAAUGAACCACCGAACUGGUCAGCUAACUUUGACGUACCUAUGGAGACUGCACACGGUGCCAACCUGGACUCUGUUGGGUCUGAUGUGUGGAGUACAGAAGAACCUAUGCCAGCAAAAGAAACUGGCUGGGCUUCCUUUUCAGAGUUCACGUCGUCCCUGAGUUCAAAAGACUCCUUAAGAAGUAAUUCUCCUGUGGAAAUGGAAACGAACGCUGAGCCCAUGGAUCCCUUGAGUGCAAACGUAACUGCUCUUGCAACACAGCUGGAGACCCCAGGAAGUGUUGCUAUGGAGGCCAGCUCAGAUGGAGAGGAUGAUGCAGAAAAUGCAGACAAGGUAACUGAAACAGUAAUGAACGGCAGCAUGAAGGAGACACUGAGCCUUACUGUAGAUGCUAAAACUGAAACAGCUGUCUUCAAAAGAGUGUUGAAAUCCUAUCGUGAGGAAGGAAAACUGUCUACCUCGCAGGAUGCUUCUUGUAAAUACGUGGUGGAGGAGAACGCAGAGGUUGCGGAAGAGGCUCCUUCUACUCUACAGCCUACUAGCAGCAGUCCAGAGCAGAGGACUGAUCAGCGCACCCUUUUAGGAGAGACUUCUGUUAAUGGCCCUGUAUGAUAUGUGAUGUCUACUGCUGUUGGCCGAAGAAAAUGAACUGAUAUCCAGGGGUUUGAGUGUUUCUUGAGGAUUUCAUCUAGAGCCUGUUGAAGCCAGUCACUGCUGCACUAAUUUCGCAAGGGAUCAGGACCAGCAACAUUUAUAUUCUAGAUUUUAAGACAUUGUACAGAAAUUCAUAAGUGUAAAAAUAUUGCACAUUGAGAAAUACCAAUAAUUUUUGCGUAUGUUUAUAUUGUAUUGUUCUAAAUAAUGGGUGGCCUGUGAAAUAAGAUCUUGCCACCCGUGUAAUGACAGUAGUGUUACUAUAGUUAAAAUGGCUGUAAGAAUAGUUUUAUAAAAAAAAGUGAAUACACAAAUCUAAUGUAUUUGAGACAUAACUAUUUGACAAUUAGUGUGACCAAAGUAUUUAGCAGUUUUCAUACAUUUUUCACCUUGUAAAAAGAAAAAAAGAAAAAACUGAACUCAUGUUUCUUCCAGGUUGGCGAAGAAUUGUAGAACUGAAAUGCCCUAUAAAUGUUAUUUUGGUUGUUUUAGCUUACAAAAGUGAUUUAAAUAAGAAUUUUUGGUGUUCAGCAUUUUACAACAGGUUUUUUAAUUGGUAAUUGUUUUCUGUAUUGUUUAAAACAGAUCAAAAAUGUAAGUCUAUUGGUAGAGUUUUUAAGUAUUUAUUGCUACAACUUAGUUGACAAAUUGAUGUUACUGUAAAGCCAUAUGUUCUGUUAAGUCUUGUUUGCUUGAAACAAUACCUUACAGGUGAAACACUAGAAUAUUUGAAGUGCACAUGGCUUGUUGUGUUUUUUUUAAGUGAUUCACCUGCCUUUUAACCCAUUCACCAAGAUUUACUUUAAUACCAAGCAUUAUACAAUGGAACAUUUCAGAACAAUCUGCGUAUUUAAAACGCUGUAAUCCUCUUAGACAAGUCAAGUAAAUGAAAUGCCCGUGCUGCUAAUGUAAUUACAGUACAUGCAUUUUAAAAGUAUAUAGUGGUUUUUUAAUACAAAUUUUGGCAGCAGAGCAUGUUAAUUGUUACUUUCACUGUACUGAUCUGUGUGAAGCUUUCAUUUGUAUGUUCUAAACCAGUUUUUUCACAGCUGGUUUGUGUAUAUAUAUAUAGUGAUUAUGGAAACUAAUUCUGUGUAAUUUAUAAUUUUCUAUGUCAGUGUAAAAUUCCAACAGCCUUCUCAAACAAACAGAAGCAAUAUACUGUAUAUUGCCACAUUGUCUGGUGAAAGGGUUAAAGUACUUCACCUCCUGCACUUUUAGAUGCAAAUCCAUUUUUAUUUCUGUAAUAGUUAUAUUCAUUUAUUUUUACAUCAUUUGUUUUCCUGACCAGUAUUUAAAGCCAAAAGGAUACUCUAAACAAUGGCCAAUGAUUUAUUUUAGAAAGUGUCCCAAGCAACGUGCCUAAACAUUACAUUGCGUACAGAAAUAAAAAAAACAAAUGUAUAAUGGCAUUGCCCUUAUUUCUUCCUGUCUUGCAUUUCCCUCAGCAAACUUCAAUGGGAUUUGUCACUGCAAGCUGUCAUAAACUGAUCAGUUGUAUGAAAAUGGAGGAAGAAAACAAGAGGCAACCACGGUUACCCUUUUAAUUUUGCAUAAGUAAUAGAAU